AUGGGCAAAGAAAAAAAUUAUGCAAGGAAAGACCAAGACAGACUUAGAGAGUUUAAGAGAGAAAGAGGAGAUGACAGAUACAGAGAGAAGAGGGACCCUGUUCAUGGUCAUGUAGACCAAAUUAGGGGUUAUGCAGACAAACAGAGGAGUACCUCCACUCACUGGCAUCCUCGUGAAUCUGAGGACACCUUUCCCCAUCGUCAUGAGAGAAUGUAUACAGACACCACUUUGUCAAAUGACGAUGACUCUUACCCGCAUCAAAAAGAAGCUCUCUAUAACCUCAGAUAUUUAGCGACUGCCAGAGGCCUAUGUCAAGCAAUUGAAUUCUUUUUCAACUUAUUGAUCGUCAUCUGUGCUGGAGUGUCCCAUAGUACCUCAGGAGGAUACCGUGAUUUGGCCAGCCUUGGGGGGUUGUAUCACUAUUACUUUGGAGGAGCCAGUGCUUUCACUGGGGCAGAAGCAGAGCGGGUCAAGGAGCUGGAUACAUUGUUCUAUCAGCUUAAGCUGCCCCCUUACAUUUUCAGUAUGGCAUGUGGAGGUGCACUGAUGAUUUAUGCAUGUGCCAUGUUAGCACUGGGAGUAUUUCGUGUGCCCUUCCGUCGGCCCCUAUUGCUUCUGGUAGAGGCUCUACUGGAUGGACUGAUAGGUCUUGCCUACAUUCCUGCUGUGGCCUUUUACUUCAUCAAAUUACAGGAGACAUACAACCAUCCAAUCUGUAAGGAGAGAGAAGAGAUGUACAAGAGCAAAGGCCACAAAGGCUUUGAAUGUAAUCUCCAUGGGGCAGAUGUUGCAGGGGGUCUAUUUGGUGUCCUGUGCAUUAUCAUUUUCCCCAUCAGUGCCGUGCUAGCUAUCCGAGCAUUCAGAGCAGUCCGGAAGCAGAAACAGCAGAGGGCAUUAGAGAACAGCAACUUUUAG